AUGAUUGGGGAAGAUUCUUUAUCUUAUACAACUCAGACUUAUGAUGAGCUCAAAUCAUUUUUAGAACUUAACAACAUUACUAAAAUAAUCGAUUGCUGCUCAUCUCCAUCUGUAGUUUGUUUAAAUGUUGAAAAAUCACAACCUUUAUUUUAUUUAUCUAAAGAAAGGAAAGUGUUUUUCCCCAGCUCAUAUAAAAAUAUUGCUUCAAUUAUAACUUCCAUGGCAAUUUCACCAUGUGAAAACUAUGCUUUAACAGCACAUGAAGAUGGAACAAUAAUUUUAUGGGAUAUCAAGAAGCAAUCUGCAUUGGCAUCAAUAAAUAUCGAAGAUAAAUCUAAAAUAGUAUCAGCAGUAUUCUUAGGAUCAUACGAAACCUUCAUUGUUGCGCAAGAAAAUGGCAUGAUUAGAAAAUAUGAGGCUUCUACUAUUUCGCUAUUCUUAUUCUUGAAGGAAAAAGAGUCCUUUAAUACACAGGUACCAAUUAAAAAGAUAAUUUGUUGUAAUUCAAUCGAUAAAUCAAUAAUUUUCCUUGCAGUACUUCACAAAUACAAAGUAUCAAUCUAUGAUUUAAUCUUUUCAUUUAAGAAUAUCGCAAACAUCGAAAUUUCUGGAAAUAGCGAUAUUUCAUUUAUAAAUAACGAAUGGCACUUCAAUUUAGCAAUUCAAGACGGUCAGAAUGUUACAAUAUACAGAGUUAAUGAUUCUUCACUCUCUAAUAAGAAGUGUUUCUUUGAAUUUCCGGAAGAAAUUAUUUAUAUCGGAUUCAUUUCUCCAAUUUUACUUGCUGUUGUUACGAAAUCAGAGAUUACACUAUGCAACAUCUUUGAAGAGGUUUGCAGUGUUUACAACGACCUUCCUUUCAAUUCUGAUAAAAUUUGUUCAACAACUCAUUCUAUUUCAUUAAUUCCAUACGGGUCAAUCGAAAUACAAGACUUUGAAGGCUGUAUCAAGCAUCUUUUAGAGCAAGGAAACUUCUCAAAUGCCGCUGAAUUAGCAGUUUCAAUUUAUUGUGGGGAUUCUUCCUAUUUCUCAUGUUCACAACGCACUGAUGCCCUCAAGCAGCAACUUCGCAACGCCAUUUUGCUUCUUGUCCAUUCCCCGACAUUUUCAAAUUCACAAUAUCCUUUUGUUGCUGAUUGCAUCACACGCGGUGACAUCUUAGACCUCACACUUGAUGAUACACUCAAGCAUUUGUCGAAUCCAGAGUCCAAACUCGAAUUUUGUAUUUCACUCCUUAAAUGCGACGAAGUUCGACCAGAAGUGACCAGUAGAGUUAUAGAUGAGCUCGAUAAGCUUCAAUCCUUCUGUAACAAAGACGUAGAAGACGCACUUUUGAUGUCCCCAUUAUCCGCAUCAUUUUUACAAAAAGCGAUAGCGGUGGGAAUCAAACUCCGCUACUCCAGAUUCGUUCUCCAUACCUUUGAUCGCUUUUUCGAUGACAUUUUACCACCUUUUGCCCAAAUUAUUGAGUCAGGAGACAAAGAAAUAAUUUCACAGACGUGUAAAUACGUUUUCCUGUCGAAAUCAUUCUCAGACAGCAAGACAAACACGUGUAUUAUAUGGCUGCACGCUCCAGGCAAGAACAGGCUUCAAACAGUCUUCAAAAGCGACUGGUCAAUUUCUUGUCAAAUUGCAGAGAACUUUUUGAAAAGAUGUCCGAUAAAAUUUUCAAUGACUCAAAAUUUGACAAGUGUUGACAUGGUUAGAACAAUGUUUUUAUGCUUUGAAGAUGCUGAACCACCUUAUGCCGAUGAUUUAUUCACUUUAAUUGCCACAAAAUCGAUACAAGAAUCGAUUCCUGUUCCAGCAUUAUCAGUUCCAACAAUUCUUAAAUAUAUCUUCAAUUCAAAGGCACCAAGAGAUAUAAGGGAAGGCUUGUUCCUCAGGAUAAUCGAUAUAGAUUAUCAUCCGCACAUUGACAUCUCCCAAUUCAAAUACCAUGCAGCUAGAAGUGGUUUUUCAUGUGUUGUUCAAAGACUGGCACAUGGAGACAGCGAAUUAGAGCUAAGAGCUGAAAGUUGUUUGUUAAGUGACAAUCCAGAAGAUGCAUUGCAGUUAUUCGAACAAUAUGAUGGAGAUAGGAAUACUGCGAGGUCAACAAUCACUAAGUUCUUUAGACCUUUGUUGUAUUUGAAUCCGAGAAGAUUAAUCAAAUUAAUUUUUUCGAAAUUCAAAUCAUUACAUCCACAAAAAGUGUUGGAAAUCGCUCAGCCAUGUGAUGCGAAAUUAUACUUUGAUACUUUGUUUUCUAUUGAUGAUCCUCCGAUUGUUUCUCAACAGGAUACUUCAACUUAUAUCCAUUAUUUAAGUUUGAAGAGAGAUACACAUCACAUCAUCAAAUUCUUGAGGAAUUCGCCAAAUAUAUCAAGAUUAACGGCAAACGAAACUUGUCUCCAUAACCAAUUACACAUAGGAUGCGCUGUUUUGGCAAGUAUGACUGGCCAAUACCAAAACGCAUUCAAAAGUUAUAAAGAACACAUAAACAUGGGCGGACAAGCGGAUUUGGAUCUGACAAAUACAAUAUUGGAACAUAUGUCGUAUAUAGAAGAUCCUGCACCUGUUGUCGUUAAAACUUUGUUGGAGCCAUUGGUAAAUAACAUCGAUGAAUUCAAAAUGGAAGUUGAAAAGGCUCUCAAAUCAGAAAAAGUGACAAGAACUGAUGUUUUAAUUGCGUUGUUUAGUUUGAGGAAUAUCGCGAAGAACGAGAAGACUGAGAAAUACAUUGAAGAGUAUUUGAACAGUGGAGAUGCCUGCAAACUCAAAGUUCCUGAUGCAGAAGCAGACGUGAAGAUGUGUAUGCCUGCUUACUACACUUUGGCAAUUUCUGGAACAAAUCCAAUGUCGAUGUCAGAUGGAACUGUCAUUGUUAAGGAUUACGGAAUUGGAAUUAUCACUGUGACAACUGAGAAAGAAGAAGGAGAACUGUUCGCAGAUAUGCCUGAACAAAUCUCUGAACAAGUAAGGAAUGUGUUGCAACACGCAGAAAUUCAGUUGUUGAUUAACAAUAAGAAGAAGAAACAGGAUGAACCUGUAACAAUCAUUAUGGAAAAGAAGAAAUAA